GUUCCCACAUACCCAUCUUCCCCAACCUUUUCCCAAGAAAAAAAAAACUUAGGGUUUUAAUUUCUUAUAUAUGUACAUAAAAUACAUGAACACAACAAAUUUUUUGCGUGCGUUAUUGAUAUAGAAUCUGUGUGUUUUUCUUUUUCUUUGUUCUUGUAUUGGUUUGGAUCGGUAUACUUAGUUAAUUACGUAAUUAAAUAGAUCGGCGUGAAGAAGAAAAAUGAUCAUGUGCAGCCGAGGCCAUUGGAGACCAGCUGAAGACGAGAAGCUCAAGGAUCUUGUCGAACAAUACGGUCCUCACAAUUGGAACGCCAUUGCUCUCAAGCUUCCUGGUCGCUCUGGUAAGAGUUGUAGAUUGAGAUGGUUUAAUCAAUUGGAUCCAAGGAUCAACCGAAACCCUUUCACGGAAGAAGAAGAAGAAAGACUUUUAGCGGCUCAUCGGAUCCAUGGGAACAGAUGGUCCAUCAUCGCAAGGCUUUUCCCUGGAAGAACUGAUAACGCCGUCAAGAACCAUUGGCACGUCAUCAUGGCUCGUCGCACACGCCAAACCUCUAAGCCUCGUCUUCUUCCCUCGACGACUUCGUCUUCUUCUUUAAUGGCGAGUGAACAAAUCAUGAUGAGUUCUGGUGGUUAUAAUCAUAAUUAUAGUUCCGAUGAUCGGAAGAAAAUAUUUCCAGCAGACUUUAUAAAUUUCCCUUACAAAUUCUCUCAUAUCAAUCAUCUUCACUUCCUAAAGGAGUUUUUCACCGGAAAGAUCGCUUUAAAUCACAAAGGUAAACUCAAAAUGAUGGAGAAGGAUCCAUUUUCUAUAGAUGUGUUUGCAUGUAUAUGAGUCUUGCACGGAUUAUUGAUGAAAAAGGUAUAUAUGUUCCAAAAUUUUGAAAUGAAGUUUAGCCGAAUUUUUUUACUUUUCAAAGAGUUUAGCCGACUUUUUCAUUUGCAUAAUCAUUUUUCUAAUGAACUUCAAAAUUAUGUGACAAAAUUAGUUGCAUGUUUUUUCUUGUACUCAUCAUCAUAUAUUGUUUCCGUCAUUACAUGAAGUCAUCUCUAUAUAUUUAACAUAGUUGCAAUCCACAUAGCUUAUAAUUUCGUCCUUCUUUUAUCGUUUGGAUCGCAGCAAAUCAGAGUAAAAAGCCUAUGGAGUUCUACAAUUUUCUACAAGUAAACACAGAUUCAAACAAGAGCGAGAUUAUAGAUCAAGAUUCAGGUCAAAGCAAACGCAGUGACUCGGACACCAAACAUGAAAGUCAUGUUCCAUUCUUCGACUUUUUAUCCGUUGGAAACUCUGCCUCCUAGGAUUAGUUUUUUUGCAGUAACUCCUAAAUUUCUAGAUUAACUAUUUAGUCCGUAUACGUACGAGAUUAUCUAGGUCGUUAGCAUGUAUGCUUGAUGUGUAUAAUCACUAACUAGUGAGCUAUUACCUGCGAAAAUUGUAAGAAAAAUACAUAAUGUUGAUGUAUCACACAUUCUCAAUGUCUGUAAAAUUUCCAUCGAGUUGUUAACUAUCAAAGUUAUCCGUUUGAAUGUAUUUGUUUAAUUUGUCUUGAAUGAGAUGAAUAACAUGUUUAAAUGUUU